UCGGGGAGUCUCUUGCAUAGCUGCUACUCCAUUAGAAGAAUUUCUCGUUUACACAGACAGACCAGUCUGAUAGACAGAUCUUGGUAUGCUUGCUCAAGUAAGAGAUCAAAAUUCUGGAUCUGGAAAUGGAUAUUCCCAGCUGGGAUAUCAUAGGUUUUUUCUUGCGUAAGUUACCGAUUGGUGGUGCAUUCGUACGUGAAAGAAUCUCUGAUUGGGAGUUUUUGAGGUUUAUUUGGGAAGCAAUUCACAAGCUGGUGAGAGAUGAACAUGCAGAGCGGGUGCUGCUUAAUAUGGGAUUCAAGAUCGAAGCUGCAGCCCAGGAGAUUGGCCGGGAAGUGCUAUCCCUGGUGGACGACGAAAUUCUCCAAGAUUAUUACAAGAAAACCUGCAAUGUGAUCGAAGAGAUCGGAGAAGCUGUUGAACAUCUUUUGGUUUUAUCCGGGAGGUCGUCGUGUCGACUGAAAUCACCAUCCGAUGUUUCUUUUUGGUUAAAAUUUUUAGCCACUGUAGCCGGGAUUGUGGCGAGUAUGCGGUUGGGCGACCCAGUCAAUGCCCUGGUGGCAGAGCUACGCUUGAUCCGGAAUUACAUGGAAGAUGUAUUCAGGGAUCUCGACUUCCCAGCAGCAGCAGCAGCAGGAGCAAGUGGUGAUGAUGUAAAUAUUAUCAAUGAUUUCGUGACUCGUGUUGCAUCUGUGGUGGUACGCACUGCAAUCCACACUUUUAAGUGCCAGAUUUACUGCAGAAAAACGAAUGACCGAAUCAAAGAGGAAGAAAUCAUUAAUCUAACAAAACCUCUAGUGAAUUUGCAACAUGAGAUUGAUCCUACUAAUCCCGGAUUCAUGGAGUUCCAUCUCCAUUUCCUUGUAGCUCUCCAUAAAAUUGGAGGAGUUGAGCCCAAUUUUUGCUUUCGUUAUCGCUAUUAUGUUGUCCCUAGAGUGAGGAUCGGAGAUCUUGGAGACAACUAUUAUCGAGUUAUCUAUGAGCGGUUAAAGCUUUUAGUCUUCACCAAACUGGAGGAGGACGAGGAAGAAGAGGAUCAAACGGUGCCAAUUUUCUUUGCAGAAGUUCAUUCGGUGCUCAUGGAGACGGGAUCUCUCAAACAGACGCUGCUAAAAGCUGAGCCUAGACCUUCUGAGCUGCGUAUAAAUGUUUGUCUUCUCCUGACGGAGCUUUUCCUCAAGGGGAUGCUUCACCCUAACAUUCAAGGGAGCACUUUCCAAAUUAAAGAUCUGCUCAAUCGUGCUAAAGAUGAUGCUGAUCGGAUGACAAAAGAAUUGAUAAAAUGUUUGGGAGAACAUCCUCAUGGAAAGGCAGAGUAUAAUGCAGAAUAUGGGAAUAAGACCGCGGCUCUCAUUCAACAAGUGGACCACAAGGUCGCAUCUCUCCAUCAGUUAUUUGAGGCCGAGAAGAUAACAGAACCCACGGUGAGGAACUCAACUCUGCUAUUGCUUCUUAACAUUGUUGCUUUCAAAGCAGAAGCCUCAUUUAAGAAGUUAUCAAUUGAGAGUAGUAGGGCAGCAAAUUCCGUGGCUUAUCGGAAAGAUCAAAUUGCACUACUCGCGCGGCUUAAUCUUUUCACACUUCUCUGCAACCAGCUAAAGAAGGAGACACAGGACAUGGACUUGAUCUUCCCACAAACUGAAACUUUUGAUGCAGGGAUGACAGGACCCAUCAUCAAUAUGAUCAUGUCAUCUUCUCAGCUGCUAGAUAAGCAGAAUCAUCUCAGGGCAAAGCUUAGAGAGCUAAGUCCCCAAUUUCCAUUUUCUGAUAUUCCCAAGACUUACAUGCCAGGGUUCAUUGAUUUCCUCGUCAGAAACCUAAAGGAGCUGCUGAAAUAUGAUCCUGCAUCAAUUGAACAAGUCAGGAAUUACAUAAAAGAGAUUCAUCUACAUUUCGAGUCAUUGGGUUCCUUUCUCAUGAAAGUUUCGGAGUCGGAUAUUGAGGACAAUCCAGAACUGAAAGAUUUUGGUGUUCAUGCUGCCAAUAUAGCAUAUAAAAUUGAGCAUGUUAUUGACUCAAUUGAGGUUGAUGCUCAAUGGCAGCACUUCUUUUUGGUUUAUGAUCUGCUAGAGGAGUUAAGGAUUGUUAGUAAACAAGCCUCUAGUAUUCAGUUGACAACCUCGGAUGCCAGAGUCCUAAGUAGCAAACACAUCAUCCAGGUUCCACCCAACAUGAUGUCACGGGCAGCAAUCAAUGAAAUGGUGGUCGAUCUCAGAGAUGAAGAACAAUAUGUGAUUGAUCAACUCAUCAAAGGAUCCCCACGGCGUGGCAUUGUUUCCAUUAUUGGAAUGCCUGGUAUUGGUAAGACAACUCUGGCUUGGAAAGUGUUUAACCAUCCAAAUGUUAUGUAUUACUUUCAUUGUCAUGCAUGGUGUACUGUUUCACAAGUAUAUGAGAAAAGAGAACUGUUGCUGGAGAUUUUACGUGGCAUUCUCGGGCUUACGGAUGAAAUUCGUCAAAUGACUAACGAAGAUCUCCAAUUAAAAUUGCAUCAGUGCUUACUAAGAAACAGGUUUCUCAUUGUUAUGGAUGACGUGUGGGAUGAUGGAGUUUGGAAUGAGUUAAGAAAUUCAUUCCCAGAUGAAGCCAAUGGAAGCAGAAUUUUGAUUACAAGCCGCCUUCGUGAUGUGGCCUUGCAAAUUGAACCAGAUAGUGAUCCUCAUUCUCUACGCUUAUUUUCUGAUGAUGAAAGUUGGAACUUGUUAGUAGGGAAAGUUUUCCAUGGUGAAGGUUGUCCUGAAGAAUUGUUGCUAGUUGGUAAGGAAAUUGCCAAAAAGUGUAAAGGAUUGCCUCUUGCUGUUGUUGCAAUAUCUGGUCUCCUCCAAAGGAUCGAAAGGAGCACAGAAUCGUGGGGGAAAAUUGCAAAAAGCUUGAUUGCUGAAGUUAUGGAAGAUCCAAAAGCUCGGUGCAUGGAAAUCUUAGAAUUGAGUUACAAACACUUACCGGGAUAUCUAAAACCGUGCUUUCUUUACUUGGGAGUUUUCCUUGAAGACAAGGAUAUUCCUGUUAGCAAGUUGAUACGGUUUUGGCUUGCUGAAGGUUUCAUUCAUGACUCUGAGUUGAAGAGCUUAGAAGGUAUUGCCGAGGGUUACUUGAUGGAGUUGAUUAGCAGAAGCCUGGUGGAAGUCUCCAAAAGAAGAUCCAACGGAACGGUCAAAUCAUGUCGCUUGCAUGAUCUGUUACGUGAUUUUUGUCAGUUAAAAGCCAAAGAAGAGAACUUUUUCAAGUUAAUAACCAGGUCUGAUGAGCCAUAUGCUUCUUUUCCCAGCUCAGAUUUUGGUUUUGAAUUCGAUUUUGGCCAUUAUUCUGAUCACGUAACAUAUGAAUCCUAUCGGUUGUGCAUAUUUUUGAAGCGAGUUCAUUUUUUUGAAUCAGUGCCUUUUGGGCUGGGCACCCGUUCUAUAAUAUUCUUUCCCUCAACUGAUUCAGAGCCUAGAUGUCCUUACAACAUCUCACUCAUUUGUCACAACUUCAAACUUCUGCGCACGUUGGAUUUUGAAAUGAUCAACAUUGGUAUUACCUUUCCUGUUGAAAUAGGACUAUUGGUUCAUUUGAGGUAUUUGGCGGUUAGUGGGUAUAUGCGUUCUAUUCCACAAUCCAUAGCCAAUCUCCGAAAAUUGGAAACUUUUGUUGUGAAGGGGUUACGUGGUCAGGUUGUCUUACCAGACAAUAUGUGGAGCAUGGCAAGUUUGAGGCAUCUUCAUGUGAACAUGCAUGUUGCUUUCAAGUUGGGUGAUAAGGAGUUUGGCGGCUGCUGUGAGUUGGGAAAUUUGGUUAGCUUUUCACGUCUCUCUCUUUCUUGUGGUGAAGAUACAGAGAACAUAAUGAAGAGGUUGCCAAAUCUUCGUAAACUGAAAUGCAUAUUCUUUCACCCACGGGAUUCUUCCCAGAAUUGUGGUCAGUUUCCAAAACUGGAUUCUCUAACUCGUUUAAUGUCACUCAAUGUAUUUUACGUUGGGAGAGCAAUCACCAGUGAAUUCGUUCUCCCACCAAAUCUGAGGGAAUUGACUCUUUCAAACUUCCACCUACCAUGGAGCCGCAUCUCAACAAUUGGGAGACUGCCCAACCUGGAAGUUCUCAAAUUACUUCUUGGUGCCUUUAAGGGGCUGAUAUGGGACAUGGAGGAAGAACACUUCAAGGAACUUAAAUUCUUGAAGUUAGACAAUCUGAACAUCUGUCAAUGGAAUGCUACUUGUGAUCACCUUCCCAAACUUGAACGGCUUGUCUUGCAAAAUUGCAAAGACCUCGAGGAAAUCCCGAAUGAUUUUGCAGACAUAGGUACACUGGAAGUGAUUGAAGUGCACUGGUGCAGACAAUCUGCAGAAGAGUCUGCAAAAAGAAUCAGGGAAGCAACUGGGGACAUCAAAGUUCUUAUUAGUAGUUCAUAGUAUGAUUGUGGAUUCUGUUGUAUUACUCCCCGAACUUGUAAGAUAAUCAAAUUUCAGUAACUUAGUCUUCUCUCGAUUCAUUUGUGAGAUGAUGUGUUUCUUAAUUCAACUUCCAUGCAAUGGAAUGUUUUGCUCAAUCUGGAUACUCAACUAUCAAUUAUUGCUUGAGAUCUUUGGAAAGGUGAAUUCAAUUUGUUUAA